AUGGCUACGGGAAAGCCCCGAGCAGAGUACGUUUUGGUGUGGAGUGAGAAAAGCACCACCAGCAACGGAGAUGUCAGAGGAACCGGCGGACGACGCGGCGAAGCGGCUCCCGGCCCCGCGACCCCAUAUCAUGAGCCUCGAGGGGCGACGCAGCGCCAGCCGCGCAGAACAACUCCCAGAGCACGAGGACACGUGCACAGGGAAGAGGCGGUUGAGCUCGUCAGGGUGCUGAGAAAAAGAGGAAGAGCGGGUCCUCACGUGCGCUGCACACUACCGGAAUACUCAGCCGCUGACAGCCCGCACCCGUUAGCCCCGCCCCCGGGGCGGGGGGAGGCCGGAAGAGGAACAGCCCGCCGGAAAGGGAGUGGCCACAGGCUCGAAGUCCCUCGCGCCGCUCUCACGUCAGCAGAAGAGGGCGGAAGUGCAGACUACAGGAUGCGGUUCCUAGUUGCGUUGCUCCUAAGUGUCGCAGUGGCGAGUGUUACGCCGCAUGAAUCUAACCCACUCAUCACCUCAGGUAACGAUAAUUCUCCGAUUCAGUCUUCUAAAGAAAAACUCUCCAACCAGAGCCCCAUGUCUCCUGAGAAGGAAGUGGAGUCUAAGCCGGGAGAGCCCGGCGGGCAGACGGAUCAGAAGCAGCAGCCGGGAGAGCCCGGCGGGCAGACGGGUCAGAAGCAGCAGCCGGGAGAGUCAGGCGGGCAGACGGGUCAGAAGCAGCAGCCGGGAGAGCCAGGCGGGCAGACCGGUCAGAAGCAGCAGCCGGGAGAGCCCGGCGGGCAGACGGGUCAGAAGCAGCAGCCGGGAGAGCCAGGCGGGCAGACCGGUCAGAAGCAGCAGCCGGGAGAGCCCGGCGGGCAGACGGGUCAGAAGCAGCAGCCGGGAGAGUCAGGCGGGCAGACGGGUCAGAAGCAGCAGCUCGGAGAGCCAGGUGGACAGACGGGUCAGAGGCAGCAGCCGGGAGAGCCAGGUGGACAGACGGAUCAGAAGCAGCAGCCGGGAGAGCCAGGCGGGCAGACGGGUCAGAGACAGCAGCCCGGAGAGCCAGGCGGGCAGACGGGUCAGAGGCAGCAGCCCGGAGAGCCAGGCGGGCAGACGGGUCAGAGGCAGCAGCCCGGAGAGCCAGGCGGGCAGACGGAUCAGAGACAGCAGCCCGCUAACCCAAACCCGGAUGAGACGGUGGCGUCGACCAUGGCAGCAGUUUCCAGUUCGGUGGGAUCUGGACAGCGGCAGGUCAUUGCAGCCAAAUCCCCAAAUCAGCCCCAGACAGCAGAUACCCAGUCAACCGGGACUGCACAGCAGCCUCCGCCACCCGAUCCCAAACCCGAUGAAUCUAGGCAGAAGCCCCCAAAAGAUGAUUCAGAUAAGCUCACAAAAGUUCCUGCGGACGACCGCAUCUCCAAACCCUCCUCAGAUAAGGAGACCGACAAGAUUGACAAGACGGAGCUAGCUGGAAAAGGACAGAAACCAAUGCUUACUUCCAAAACUGAAUCUGGGGAGAGACCGGCAGGGGACUCUGACUUUUCUUUAAAGCCAGGGAAGUCUUCAGAGCUUACCGAAGCUGUGGAAACCAAGGAGACUGAAGAGGGUGAUACAGAGCCAGAAGAGGGCUCACCGCUUGAAGAAGAUAAUGAAAAGGUGUUUGACCCUUCCUCCAGUGAGAACCGAGAGGAGACACUUAGGGAGUCUGUGAAUGAUGAGAAGGAUGACUCUUAUAAGGACAGUUCUGGAAACACCAGUGCAGAGAGCAGCCACUUCUUUGCUUAUCUGGUGACUGCAGCUGUUCUUGUUGCUGUCCUCUAUAUUGCUUACCACAACAAACGGAAGAUUAUUGCUUUUGCCCUAGAAGGAAAAAGAUCCAAAGUCACUCGGAGGCCAAAGGCCAGUGACUACCAGCGUUUGAACCUAAAGCUUUGAUUAUUUUUUAUUGUCUGCAAGAACCUUGUCCUCCCUGCUGAUUUGUUUACGAAUCAAGAGAAAUGAAAAGACUGACCCCCUCUGGGGUUUGGUGGCAAGUCUGGGCUGGCCGAGACGGGGUUGCUUCAGGUUUGCACCUGCACUUUGGUGACAUUGAACUCUGCUGAUGUUUUCUUUACGUUUGUGUCCUCUUUAUGCUGGUGUGUUCCAGCAUCCUUUCUUCUUUGGAGUGUGAGGAGGAGCAUGUGGAAACAUUACUGUGACCAAAGGAAGACCCCACCCUAGGCAGGCCACACAAUGGACCACCCUGCGGUAGCAUCUUAUCUUUGCAACUCUAGUAGGGAAGCUGUAGAGAUGUGCUUUGUAGACAGGAGGUAGAAAAUGGUGAGUGGGAUGUUGAUGGGCAGAGAGAUUUGAACACAUAUUCUACAGAGGCCUUAACUGCAAACCAGAAUAGCAAGUUUAAAGAGUGUUAAAGUCUGAGCUGUCUGACAGUCUACAUGUUUUUCUGAAAGUGUGCACUUUUUGGUUGUACUAGCAUAAAAGGGAACUUGGAGUUUCUGAAAGUAAAGUCACUGUUCCAUGGGCUUUUGCUUUAUUUUGCUUAAUACGGUAUUGAUCAUUGAACCAGUGUGAUCUUGCAGUCAUCCCAAUAGGAAGGAACUCCUUGGAAAGGGGCAGGUUUAUACUUUGUGAAAGAAGACACAUAGGAGGAAUUUGGUCUGUAUGAAAGAGGUUUUCCACAAACUACCAUUUUGCCAUUAUUGUCUACAAUAACUAGCUAGAUAGGUAGAUAUUUAGGAACUAACUACACUCUCCACAUUUUCCUUGCUGUUUAAUGGUCCUCUCAUCCAAGAUGCCAAGGUAAUGUGUAAAGUCUUUUUUCUCCUGUGACAUCUGCUCAUGAAACUAAGAAACCAAAUAGGUUCCCUGACAUAACUGAGGAUGUCUUGGAUUAUGCUAUCUGAAGUUUUAUUCUAGUCUGUGUGGUCACACCUAAAGAGAGAAGAGUCAGCUAAUCUCAAGGAUGUGGAAAGAAUGGGAAGAGGGAAAUUAUGAUGAGAGAAGUCAGUCUGAAGAAGAAAACAGUUCUUUGCCUAUGCUGACUGCAGCAUGUGCUUGACAUUUGUAUUCUUUCCAGGUUGUUUUCUGGAAAUACGAUCAUUGCUAAUGUUCUCUCAACUGUGCCUAAGUCUUCUCUUACCUUUUUCCCAAGCUGAGGAAGCCUUUCUCAGUCCCCUUCAGCUUUCCCUGCCACCUCUUUAGCUCCCCCUUCCCAUUUUCUCUUCCUCUUUAGACCUGUUGAUGCGCCCCUGUAUGCUUCCCUCCAGCCUGUAUGCGUGCCCAUACCUCUCCUGUUGUAGUUGCUGUUGCUUCCAUUGCCUUGCCUCCUCUUCCUGACAUUUACUGACUCACCUUGAUCUGUUCUCCUCCUGUUUCUCAAGGUUACUGAGUUAAUCAGAAUCUCCUAAUUCAACAGCUCAUUCUCACAUCUUGUUCUUAACACUUAAUAAUAGUGGAUGCUGAGUUCCAUGCAUGUUGACAUUCUGGGUGUCUCUCCCAGAUUUUCCUUUGUCUUAUGGUGGGAGGGGAAGAAGGUACCCAAAGUCAAGUGUCUACUGCUUUGACUGUCUACUCAACAAAUCUUUAUCUUUGGUAUUUUGGGAAGCCAAUAUGGUAAAUAGUUCAGCCACAUUGUCUGGUUGUAAUCCAACCAGAAUUUCCCCCCUUGUACCUAUCAAGCUCCUUUACGUAUUGUUCAGUUUCUUUAAUCAUCUGAAAACUCCACACUGCAAACUAAUAACAUUUUUCUUACCGCAGAAGUCUCUCCCCGUCCUCCUUUUUUUCUUAAGAAACUAAUACUAAGCAUACUCUCCAUUAAUUUUCAAGAAUCACCUGAAUUGGUUCUCCUAACCUUUUCUCAUAUCAGCUUUGGAAACCAUUUUUCCAAAAUGUGUGCCCUGGUCUGAAGCUUUUGUCUGAAGUUGUAUUCUAGACUAGAUUCCUUGGCUUCAUCAUUCAAGGCGACACUCCCUCUCUGCCUCUGCCCUCAUCAUGUGCUCUGUAUUCCAGCUUCUGGUAUUGUUCUGUGGUUAGGCUUUCCCCCUCCUCUCAGCUUACUCAGGUCCGAGUGUUUUGAAGGACUCAGCUCAUGUUAUGUUCCUUCCUAGCUUCAUUGGUAGAUUGGCUUUUUCCAUUCCACACAGGUAGGUCUUCUUUUCAACCUCAUCUUGUAACUUCAGCGUUACUAGUUCUGAUGUAAGCCCUGAGAGACAGUGUUGUGAACACCCCCGGGGACUUCAGGGUUCAAAUUUCUUGUUGGAGGUGUAACUGAAACUGGAGCUCACACAGCUAAUCCUGGCUCCUGGCUCUAUGACCUUAAACUUGUUGACUUCUGCUCUUGAAGGGCAGGAAGGUUGAUUUUCAGGAAUCAAGAUUGGCAGCCAGUGGAGAGACACAUGAAAUAUCACCAGAGUCUACAAAGCCUCACCCCUUUGGAUUGCUGACAAAGGUUUCUUGUGCUGACAGAGUACAGUGGAAUGUUUCCCUUGAAAAGUUGCACUGUAAGGAGAUGGCUCCUACCAAAGAAAAGUCAUUUUCAGGAUUAUUUUUUAAAGGUAGAAUACUUGAAGCAUAUUUUUCUAGAGUGUGUAGAUGGUGAUGGCCCAGCUGAGACAUCCACACCAGGGGCUGGGCUGGCAUGUAGAAAGCACAGGAAGCCACAAGUAGCACUUCUGUAGACUAUUCUGCGCUUGCUCUCCUGCUCAGCUUUUGGCUGAAGGUUCGUUUCUUAAGGGGAACCUGCUUGUCAUACAUGUUAAUAGUUUGUUUUCCUGCUAUGGAUUAUAGAAGCCACUUCUGGACCAAACAACUAACUAAAUGUGCAAACAUGUUUUACCCUGGAAACAGAGCUGUGUGCCCUUCCGAAUUCUCCUGGUAGUAGUGAAGCUUACUCUUCUUCUUUCUCUGGAAGUGUGGCAUGCUUUGCUUAUGCCCUGAGCCAUUUGAACAUUGAUAAGAUUUCCCUGGGCCCCAAGCCCUCUGAUACAGUUUUCUCUGAAAAACUCUUGCUAGGAAGGUUCAGUUUGGCAUUGCCCUAAGAAAGCUGUAAGAAUUUUAGCUUAGAAACUCUAGUUUGAGAAGCCCCUCAGCUUGCAUAGCAUAGCAAACCACCUACCCAUGAAGGUGGCCUCCUUACACUGUGAUAGGAAUUUAAUUCAGACUACCAUGUUAAGUAAAUGAGUAAAUGUUGAAAUAAUUUUCCUUGUUUUGUUUAGCCAAUUAGUAGAUUGCCACUGUUAGUUAUGUUUUGUAUUUUCACCUUUUUUGUAAUUUAACUAUAAUGGCUUGAUUUUAUUUUUUAAAAGCUUAUUGUGGUAUAAGUAUUUUUCAAUAUAUUUUAUUGAGCUUCUGUAAAUGGCAUCUCAGUGUAGUUUCAUGUCAUUAUUGAACAGAAACCAAAAUAAACUUCAGAUAUCAAAGCAUUGAAA